UUGAGAGUCACUGCUCACCAACGCGCUCUACCUGAGAGUUGACCACUAGACACACCGCCCCAGAGACCAGACUACACACCGCAGCCAGAAACAUGGCCGAGAAAUUUGUCGGGACCUGGAAGAUGGUUGAGAGUGAAAACUUCGAUGACUACCUCAAGGCAUUGGGUGUUGGCUUUGCUCUCCGUCAGGUAGCCGGCAGGGCGAAACCUAGCCUGAUCAUCUCCGUGGACGGUGACGGAACCGUGACGCUGAAGUCGCAGAGCACUUUUAAAAACACAGAGAUCAAGUUCAAGAUCAACGAAGAGUUUGACGAGACCACCGGUGACGACCGAAAGACUAAGAAUGUGGUGUCCCUGGACAACGGCCGGCUGGUGCAGAGGCAGACGUGGGACGGCAAGGAGACGACCAUCGAGAGAGAGGUGGUGGACAACAAGUUCAUCGCGAAAUGCAGGAUGGGAGACGUGGUUGCCGUGAGAACCUACGUGAGGGAGGCGUGAGCCUGUGGAGGAUCCAGGAUGUGAAGACCCAAGUCUCAGGGCCAGAGGGCCCCGGAGAGACCGCCAGUUUUCCUCGUCUUCACCAUGUGGAGCACUGAAGCGGCACCGCGAUGCGUGUGUGUGUGUGUGUGUGUGUACACGUGUGUGUGUGUGUGUGUCACGUCACGCGUGUGUCAGGUUAUUGCACUGUGUCAAUCAGGGAUCAGAAUAAAAGCUGAAGUGUGUUCACUGAUAUCAA